AUGGCUGGAAGAACGACAUGCAUGGUCAUGCCUGCAGCUGGGUUUAUAAUUAUAACAAUUCUCCUCGCUGCUAGUACCACCGCUGCCGAUGAUUCGACACCGAUACCUGCUGAUGGUUCCCAAGUUGGCAGCUGGUUCGAUAACAACGUCAAGCCGUUAGCAGAACGCAAGGGCGAGCUUGAUGCCGCCCUUGUGACGGCUGAGGAUGGUCCAAAACUUAUCAAGGUCAUGAAAGAUGGAAGUGGAAACUUCAAAACCCUCACGGACGCCAUUAAUAGCAUCCCUGAGAGGAACACCAAGCGUGUGGUUGUGUACAUCGGAGGUGGAGUGUACAACGAGAAAAUCAAUAUCCCAGAAAAUAAACCAUUUGUGACGUUGUAUGGAUCGCCAAAAAAUAUGCCAACUUUGAUGUUUGAUGGUACGGCUGAGAAGUAUGGGACUGUCUACAGUGGUACAUUGAUUGUGGAAUCUGACUAUUUUAGGGCUGCUAACAUUAUUGUUACGAAUUCGGCGCCAGAGCCUGAUGGGAUAAGGUCUGGUGCGCAGGCUGUUGCAUUGCAGAUCUCUGGGGACAAGGCAGCCUUCUACAAUUGCAAGUUUAUUGGAUUUCAGGACACUCUUUAUGAUUACAAGGGCUUGCAUUUUUUCAAGGACUGCUACAUUGAAGGCACUGUAGAUUUCAUCUUCGGAAAAGGAAAAUCUCUCUACUUGAACACUGAGAUACAUGUCCUGGAGCGGAAUAUUACGGUGAUAACGGCACAACAAAAGGAUGCUUUAGAGGAUAAUGGAUUUUCAUUUGUGCAUUGCAAAAUAACUGGCACUACAUAUGUGAGGGGUACAUACUUGGGUAGGGCUUGGGGGAGCAGCCCCACUGUGGUGUUUGCCUACACCGACAUGGCCAACGUCGUCCAUCCUGAACGAUGGAAUGACUUUGGCCACCCUGAACGUUCCAACAAUAUGUUCUAUGGAGAGUUUCAGAAUUCAGGUCCAGGGUCAAACAUAAGUGGGCAAGCACGCUACACUAAAAAGCUAAGUGAUGCAGAAGCCAAAUCUUUCCUCAGCCUUGGCUAUAUUCAGGGGUCCAAAUGGCUUCUUCCUCAUCUAAAUACAAGAUCCAGACAUAUAUAG